AUGCUCAUAGAACACAUAAAACCAUCGUUUCUUACAGUCACACAAACUAUUUGGGACCAAAUCUAUCAAAGAAAAUUACCACCGAGUUUGGCACCAGUGGUAACUAAUAUAGCUCUUGAAUAUUCUUCUAUGUUAAAUUCGUUUACACCAUUAAAUGUUAUUCAAGAUACGUGGUGCAAUAACUUUUCCAAGAUUGCAGGGUUGACUGAUCAGGAAGAUAAAGACAAAUUUUGUCAAGCUCAAAUUAUUUUUCGAAAUUUGGCGAACAGUGAAAGUCUUGUUUCAAAAAAUCAGCGGUCUAACAGUUCUAGCAACAAAGAAAACCUUCGAGGCGAAAAGCCAGAUUUUAAAAUUGUGGCCAAUACAAAAGAAGAGAUCCUUUUUGGUGAAGUCAAGACAAAAGACUCAUCAUCUUUAUUGGUUAAUAAAGAUUUUGUCAAACUCUCCAAUUUUCAAUCAAGUGCCUUAGAUGAGUUGAUCAAAAAAUAUGGAAACAGGAGUGGCUUGACUUCUUUUGGUAUUUGGAUUUGUGGUGAGUGGUUAAAUUUGGCAUAUCUUUUUAAUGCAUUUAUUAAUAUGCUUUGGAUUGCAUUUAUAGGUGCACGUAUCUGCAUAUAUGAAAUGGAUAUAAACCAUGACGGAAUAUAUAGAAUGUUCUUGAUGGCAAAUGUAGUGACACCAACAGAACAAGCACAAUUCUUAUGUUUAAUACCAGUGUUAGAAGCAUUGUAUAAUGUUAAAGAUCAUAUUAACAAGGUAUUGAAAGUAAUCGCAUCUGAUACAUCAUCUGAUACAUCAUCUAGCUCAUCACGUUCUACUUAUACCAGAAUUCCCAUCCCUUCACCAAAAUUAAUCAAGAUUGCUAUUAUUGGCUCAAAGUCAAAUUAA